AUGGCCGCCGAUGAAACACCAGCUGACCGACCCGUCCCAGCCUCGAGGCCGCGAUCCUCAACAAAGGGCCCCCUCGACGCCGACGACCAUCCCUUGACGUCGCCGUCGACGCCUCAGUCCCAGCCCAGCCCGCGGGCGGGCCAGACGCCUUUGUCGGCGCAGAAUCAUCAGCAGCUGCCGCGACGUGCCGCGCCUCGCAAUGCCGCCUCACCCGCCGUCUCGCAGGUCGGCGAGGCGCGCGCCAAAGACUUCUCGUUCCUGCUACGCCCUGACAUCUACCACCCGCUGACGCCCCUCAACGUGCCCCUGGCCUUUCGCAACUCGCCCAAGCAGCCCGAUCCGGCGGCGUCCCUGGACGAGCUGCUCGCCAAGGGCCACUUUCGCGCAGCCGCCAUCUCUGCCGUGCAGCAGCUCACGGGGUCGGGCCUCGACGGCAGUGUCGUGGACCCCACCGACUCGAGCCGCAUCUUCAGCCUGCUCUACACGAGGCUGGCCUGCCUGACGCUCAUCGACGCCACGCCCCUGGCCGCGCACGAGGUCAAGGCGCUCGAGGAUCUCAACAACGCGCGCGCCUACGUGGAUGAUGCGACGGGCGAGCACCUGGUACCUUGGGAGCUGCGCGUCCUCAAUGUCCGCCUGCAGUCGCUCGGCUUCGGCGACCCGCGCCGCGCCGUUAUGAGCUAUCAUGAGCUGGCCCGUGAGGCUCGCGACCGGGCCAAGCGUGACGAGGCGGCGCGUGAUCUGUGGCGUGCGCGUCUACAUGACCUAGGGGUCAAGGUUGCCGGCGCACUCGUUGACAUGGGUGACCUGCCGGGCGCCGCGCACCACCUCGCCAGCCUACACGAUGUCGGCGAUGCCAAGGUCGUGCUGUCACGGGCCUUGCUGUGGCUGCGCCUGGGCGAUGCCGAGAGAGCGAGAUCCUGCGUGGCCAAGUGCGCCGACGCUCCGCGGAUGGAGCAGUUGGUCUUGGCGCUAUGCGACAUGGCCGAUGCCGACUACACGGCGGCCCUGGCACGAUGGCUGGAGUUGCGUGAGGCGCUGCCGGGUGACGAGAUGGUCGGCGUCAACACCGCCGUCUGCCUGCUAUACCUGGGCCGCAUGCACGAGGGUCGCGAAAUCCUCGAGGGACUUGUCGCUUCUGGCCAGUCAUCACAUACCCUUCUGUUCAAUCUGUCGACAAUGUACGAGCUGUGCACGGACCGCAAUCGCAACCUCAAGCUUAAACUGGCAGAGCGAGUGGCGGCCAUGGAUGAGUCGCCAUCGGGAUGGGAACGCAUGAACGCCGACUUUAAGCUUUAA